AUUUCUGUAUCAAGGUCAUUGCUAGACUACUGGCUGCGUAAGUCAGACGAGCUUUACCAGAGAUCUGCAAACCAGUAAAAACCUGUAGAGUUAACUUUGGUGUUCGCUGAUAGGCAUACCACCAUGUCUGAGGAUGAUCUAGUAUACGAGGUCCAUGAGAUUGUUGUGCAAAAGGUUGGCCACAUCCCAGUAGCCAAAGGAGAUUUCACACAUUUGCCAAAAAAAGUUAAGACCUUUGUGGCUCAUUGUGUCCAGCUCUGCUCUCCUAGAGGCAUUUACAUUUGUGAUGGCAGUGAAGAAGAAGCAGAUGAGAUUAUUCACAAACUGCUUGAAAGAGGCACACUAACCAGGCUCACCAAAUAUAAAAACAACUACCUCUGCCGUACUGAUCCUGAUGAUGUUGCCAGAGUUGAGUCUAAGACAUUUAUUACUACAAAAAACAAGUAUGAUGCUAUUCCCCAUUGCCGUGAAGGUGUCAAAUCUGCACUUGGCUGCUGGAUGAGCCCUGAAGACAUGAAAAAUGAGCUGGAUCAUCGUUUCCCUGGCUGCAUGGCAGGUCGCAUGAUGUAUGUGAUUCCAUUCUGCAUGGGUCCUCUUGGUUCUCCACUGAGCAAGAUUGGUGUGCAGGUAACAGAUUCAAACUACGUGCUGCUGUGUAUGAGAAUCAUGACCCGUGUCUGCCCCAGGGUGUGGGAGCUGUUGGGGGAUGAUGACUUUGUCAAGUGUAUUCAUUCAAUGGGUUGUCCCAGACCUGUGGCAAGACGUGUGAAGAACCAUUGGCCAUGCAACCCAGAAAAAGUUAUCAUUGCCCACUUUCCUGAAGAAAGAAAAAUUAAGUCCUUUGGCAGUGGCUAUGGAGGAAAUUCUUUGCUCGGCAAAAAAUGCUUUGCAUUGCGUAUUGCUAGCGUGAUUGCCAGAGAUGAGGGCUGGAUGGCUGAGCACAUGUUGAUUAUGAGUGUCACUACUCCAAAAGGUGUUGAGAAAUUCCUGGCUGCAGCUUUCCCCAGUGCUUGUGGCAAAACAAAUCUGGCUAUGUUGAACCCCAGCCUUCCUGGCUUCAGGAUUCAGUGCAUUGGUGAUGACAUUGCAUGGAUGAGGUUUGACGAGGAAGGUGUGCUGUAUGGUAUCAACCCAGAAGCUGGUUUCUUUGGUGUUGCUCCUGGAACAAACAUGAAGACAAAUCCAAAUGCUGUCCUCUCCUUCCAGGAAAACAGCAUUUUCACCAACGUUGCUGAGACUACAGAUGGAGGAUACUUCUGGGAAGGCAUGGAAGAAGAUAUGGAGAACAAGAAUGUGGGUAUUACAAACUGGUUGGGCCAGCCCUGGCACAUUGGUUGUGGAGGCAAAGCUGCUCAUCCCAACUCUAGAUUUACUGCCCCAGCCAAGCAGUGUCCCAUCAUGCACCCUAAAUGGGAGGAUCCUAAAGGUGUACCCAUAAGUGCAAUCAUCUUUGGUGGUCGUCGACCAACUGGUGUGCCACUUGUGUUUGAGUCUAAGAGCUGGGCUCAUGGUGUUAUGCUUGGUGCUUGUGUCAAGUCUGAGGCUACUGCUGCUGCUGAGUUCCAAGGAAAAACUAUCAUGCAUGAUCCAAUGGCCAUGAGGCCUUUCAUGGGCUAUAACUUUGGACAUUAUUUGCAACAUUGGUUGGAUCUUGAAAAGCCAGGCCGCAAGAUGCCAAAGAUCUUCCAUGUGAACUGGUUCCGUUUGGAUGAGCAUGGCAAAUUUUUGUGGCCAGGAUUUGGUGAAAAUAUUCGUGUCCUAGACUGGAUCAUUAAAAGGUGUGAUGGUGAUCAGUCCAUUGCUGUUCCAUCACCCAUUGGCUGGCUUCCCAAAAAAGGUUCUAUUGACAUGUCUGGUCUGGGUGCUGUCAAUGAGGACGAACUUUUCAGUCUUCCAAGUCAUUACUGGCUUGAUGAUACUCGUGAGAGCAAACGUUUCCUUGAAGAUCAGGUUGGCUCGGACUGUCCACCAAUCAUUCACAAGCUGCUGGAAGAACAGGAAGUUGAGUUUAGCAAAAUUCAGUAGGAGAAUGUCACAUGUGAACCUUGUCCUUGUACAGUGAAAGAUCGCUGCUACAUUUGUCUUGCCCCUGCACGAAGAAUCAGGCAGCUUUAAGCUUAUGAGAUGUUUAGGAAAUUUUCAUUAUCAAGGAAAGAGACAAGAAUUUGCAAGCAGUUGACUUUUUUUAAGGAAAAUAUUAGCUAGCAUUGAUUAGGUGCACAGAGAAGGCAUGAGCAAAGUGGUUUUUUUGUUAUGUUCUCUUACUGCCAUUCUUGGAACAAUAAUUCACUUGGGUUGUUGCUAAUGAUUGGCCAAGGAAAUCUUGCCACUUGAUAUGCAAUAGCCUCCACUUUAGUUUAAAAAGUACCAUGUGUGCAACCAAAUUGUCAGAUCUGUUGUACUGCAGUAUUUUUUAUCAGUAUAGUUUUUUUUAUUUCUUUACAUUUAUUUACAUGUUUCUGGGAAGGCUCAGUCUUAUAAGUAUGUACACAUAAAGUCUAGCAUGCUUUAUCACUGUAAGUUAAGCUAGCUAUUAGUAUGCUGGUGGUUUUUUUGUUCAAUUUAUGUCAAGUAGUGUUAAUAAUCCUAGUUUAAAUUUAAGAUUUUCACUAACUUGUUGAAAUUGAUUUUUUGUUUUUUCAUUUGCUAAACUUGGCCUUAAAGAGUCCAAUAGAACAAAUCAUUUUUAAUGUGAGAAAGAAAUUUCAUUAGGUCUGAUCAUUCCAUCUGUUUUCAGGUAUAUUUCAUUUUAUGCAGAAACAAUUAUAAUUUUGCUCAAUUUUGAUUUUUAGGCAAUAUUUUACAUUUCUUUGUAACACUUUUUGUAAUACAUAGUUUGGUAAUGUUAUUCCUGAUAUAUUUGUGUGAAGUAGUGUAUGGAAAAUAAAUGUACUGAAACUUGUAUACAAG